AUGUCAACCAGUCGAAAGGAGUCCAUUACUCUCGCUGACAUGCCACCAGAGAUCCUCUCACCUAUCUGCGAGUUCCUCCUACCUGACCGAUCGCUCGACAGACCCCGAAGGGUGGUACACCAAGACUACACAGUCAUUGACGGAUUGAAGUGGACUGAAAGUCUCCCCUACGGAGUUUAUUGUCGCAUGGACAUGCCUCCCUCGAGUUGUGUCGGUCCUACCAACCUCGGUCCCGAGAGCAUAGUUGUUCGUUCGGCACCACAACAUGCUCCUGGCUUUGAUGAAAUUCUCAUCAGCAGGCCUGUUCAGCAACCAGACAUAUUCAACGACUUGGCCAACUUUGCAAGAACAUGCAAGUGGGUAGCGAAUGCGGCCUGCGGCAUUCGACGAACUCACCGGUAUCUGCUCACAAUCGCCCAUAACGAGAUUGCGUUCGAGGGAGUCCGCUGCGCCGAGCCAGACUGUGCAUACAUGCACAGGGAGACAAAGCGAUGGGUCAUGGUUGAUGAUUCUGAUCGCAAUGAGCGCCUCGUCUCCGAAAUCCCAAAGGCCCAGCUUCCUCGUAAUGUCGCCUUCAGACACCUGACCAGCAUGUUCUCCAAGAUCAAGCACCUUGCCAUUAUCAUCGACCUCGAUCUCUCGGGGAUUUAUCACUUAUCAUACCGGCGCCAUAAAUUCGACAUUGAUGCUGAGACUAAGAGACUCUCGAAGGCGCAGUUGUACUGUGAUAGAAUUGGCGACUGGUUAGGGGCCAACACAGCGAGGUUGUUGGACUGUCCAUCCGUCGAAAUCGUCGCUAAAGUCAGCUUGGCGAAAAUAGUCAAUGCAAGAGCUGCGUCAGGUCAAACAAGCUCUCACUCUCCAGAGCAUUUGUUACCAUCAUAUAUUGGGGGGCUCUUUUUUUCCGAGCACAAUAAUACCAAGACGAUGGCAGAGUUCCUCGCAUUGCACGCCAGAAACACCCUCAAGAAUCUAAUUGUUUCUUUGGUACCCUUUCGGAAAGUUCUGAAUAUGAAAGUUGUGAUCGAUGGAAGCCACAAAAGCAACAAUUGGAAUGGGACGGGGACCGCCGUCUCCAUGUCGGGUCGAUCGAUUUUGAUCGAGUUCGGCGGGUUCGAGGUGUUUUGUGGGACGUUGCAGAGGGAGUUGUUGGGGGAGAAUACGCUUAAAGCAGAGAAUGUCGUCGACAACGAGGCAAAAUUGUGUGAGAUGGGCCUACCUGUCUUGAUCGGACCACGACCGAACGAGUGA